GGCGCGCCGCCCCAGCGCCGAGCGGAAACGCGCCGGCCGCCGGCCGUUGGCGCGGCUUGGGCGGUUGUCUUGGAGAAGCAAGAUGGCGGCGACGGCGGCCGCGGUGGUGGCGGAGGAGGACACGGAGCUGCGGGACCUGCUGGUGCACACGCUGGAGAACAGCGGGGUCCUGAACCGCAUCAAGGCUGAACUCCGAGCAGCCGUGUUUUUAGCACUAGAGGAGCAAGAAAAAGUAGAGAACAAAACUCCUUUAGUCAAUGAGAGCCUGAAAAAGUUUUUAAAUACAAAAGAUGGUCGUUUAGUGGCUAGUCUUGUUGCAGAAUUUCUUCAGUUUUUUAACCUUGACUUUACCUUGGCUGUUUUUCAACCUGAAACUAGCACAUCUCAAGGUCUUGAAGGUCGAGAGAAUUUAGCUCGAGAUUUAGGUAUUAUUGAAGCAGAAGGGACUGUGGGUGGACCCUUAUUAUUGGAAGUGAUCAGGCGCUGUCAACAGAAAGAAAAAGGCCCAGCCAGUGGGGAAGGUGCACUGGAUCUAUCUGACGUACAUCCUCCACCAAAGUCACCAGAAGGAAAAGCAAGUGUGCACACACCACCAAGUAAGAUACCAAGGUAUAAAGGACAAGGUAAGAAGAAGACAAGCGAGCAGAAGUCUGGUGACAAGAAGGCCAACUGUGAGGUCAGUCAAAGUGAUACUAGUGUCUCUUCAUCAGAACCAAAGAGCAAAAGUAAUCUUCACUUAUUGGCCCAUGAAACAAAAAUUGGAUCUUUCCUAAGCAACAAAACUUCAGAUGUCAAAGAUAAAGCUGACCUUUGUCCGGGUGAAGAUGAUACGGGCGGAGAUUCUUUCUUUGACGAUCCCAUUCCCAAACCAGAAAAAACUUACGGUUGGAGAAGUGAACCUCGGAAGCAAGUGGGAAGCCUGGCCUCGCUCUCAGAUGCGCCCCCCUCAAAGGGCGGACUCAGCUCCCUGGCAGGAGCCCCCUCACUGAAAGACUCUGAGGGUAAAAGAGCAAACACAGUUUUGAAAGAUCUGAAAUUGGUCAAUGAUAAAAUUGGAUCACUUGGAUUAGGGACUGGAGAAGAUGAUGACUAUGUUGAUGAUUUUAAUAGUACUAGCCAUCGCUCAGAAAAAAGUGAAAUAAGUAUUGGUGAAGAGAUUGAAGACCUUUCUGUGGAAAUAGAUGACAUCAAUACCAGUGACAAACUUGAUGACCUCACACAAGACCUCACCGUGUCCCAGCUCAGCGAUAUCGCAGAUUAUCUGGAAGAUGUUGCGUAGACGUGAAGAAGGAAGUAUUCUGAUUAACAGAUGACAAAGGACUGAUCAGUUCCAUUUUUGUCCCCAGACAAUCACUCUUUGCUGGAAUGUCUGCUCCCUAUUGGUGCCUUGCAUUUCAAAAGACUGCAGAAAUUUUUAAAAAUGAACUUUUCAUUUUAUUAAACAAAAUACUUCCUAUUUGA